CAUCAGGCGGCGGCGGCGGAUUAGCGCAGGUUUGCAUCACCCCGGCCGGGACCGGAGCCUGCGCUGGCGCCGGGAGACACUCGCGGCGGAAGCGGCGGCGGCUCCACACGUGUCCGGCGGCUGGGACCCGGUCCCGAACACAGUCGCGUCGCUGCGGGUCCCGGGUCACGUGGGAGUGUCCUGGCGACUCAGGACGCCGCAGCCCGCCGGGGCAAGGUACCCUGCAGGGCCGGAAAGGGGUCGGGCCAGGGGGCCGGAGGGUGCAGACCCGGGAAGGUGGAGCACAUCCUGGGGACGGAGGGAGCCGGGGACCGAGGUCCGGGAGUGUGGCCCCGAGAGAUGCGAGCCACCCCUCUGGCUGCUCCUGCGGCUGCCCCCUCCAGGAAGAAGAGGUUGGACUUGGACAAUGACCUAGACACCGAGCGUCCCACCCGGAAACAGGCGCGAAUCGGGCCCCAGCCCAGGCUGCCCCCCUGCACGCUGCCCCCGAGCCCACUUUCUACUCCAGCGGACGCCCCUGCUGGGACCACUGCCUUACGUCUUGGGCCCUACAUCCUUCUGGAACCUGAGGAGGGUGGCCGAGCCUACUGGGCCCUGCACUGCCCCUCAGGCGCUGAGUACACCUGCAAGGUGUACCCGGUCCAGGAGGCCCAGGCGGUGCUGGAGCCCUAUUCACGGCUGCCCCCGCGGGGACACGUGGCCCGGCCUGUGGACAUUGUGGCGGGUCCCCACCACCUCUACACCUUUUUCCCACGACCCCACGGGGACAUGCACAGCCUGGUGCGCCACCGCCGCCGCCUCCCCGAGCCCGAAGCUGCAGCGCUCUUCCGCCAGAUGGCCGCCACCCUGGCCCACUGUCACCAGCACGGCCUCGUCCUGCGCGACCUCAAGCUGCGGCGCUUUGUCUUCACCAACGAGGAGAGGACAAAGCUGGUGCUGGAGGACCUGGAGGACGCCUGCGUGCUGAACGGCCCUGAUGACUCCCUGUGGGACAAACACGCGUGUCCAGCCUACGUGGGACCCGAGAUCCUCAGCUCCCGGGCGUCAUACUCGGGCAAGGCGGCCGACGUGUGGAGCCUGGGCGUGGCGCUCUUCACCAUGCUGGCUGGCCACUACCCCUUCCAAGACUCAGAACCUGCCCUGCUCUUUGGCAAGAUCCGCCGCGGUGCCUUUGCCCUGCCUGAGGGCCUCUCGGCCCCUGCUCGCUGCCUGGUCCGCUGUCUCCUUCGACGGGAGCCAGCCGAUCGGCUUACGGCCACGGGCAUCCUGCUGCAUCCUUGGCUGCGCGAGAACCCGAGCCCCUCCGUUGCACCACCCCGAUCCCGCCUCUGGGAGGCUGAUCAGGUGGUCCCUGAGGGGCCGGGGCUGGAGGAGGCUGAGGAAGAAGAGGGGGCGAGAGAGGCUGGUCUGUACGUCUAGGCAGCCCUGAGACUUGAAGCUGCAACAGUGGCUUGAGUUGGGGGUAUCUCUGAGCUCUCUCCUGCCCCCCCUUCUUUUUUUUUUGCACUGAGCCAAACCUUAAUGCCUUCUAGAAGGGAGAGAAUGGGCAUGCGUGGUGUGCGCUGGACGCAUGCCUGUGUGGUUGCGCACACCUGGGCACACAGGCUUGUGCAUUUGACGGAUCCUCCUGGGAGCUUACUGCGUGCCAAGCGCUGUUCUCAGUGCCGGGAGCACAGCAGUGAACAAGAGACAAAACAUGCCACGGUGCAUGUCCACACUGGGCCCCUCUCAGCACACAGGUGGCAGCAUCCACUCAUGCUGGGGCCCUGGCACUUCUGAUCCGGGACAGUCCCUCACACAGAUCCCCGUGCCAAAGGCUGCUGGCUUCUCUCCCUUGCGACUCAGGAUUCCGGAGCCCAGGCCGUGCUGGCAACUUGCUCCGAGCAGCUCUCUCCUCCGUCCAGGCCCAAGCCAAGGACUGGGCUGGAGUGUCCCCAGUUCCGACUACGAGGCUGGUCCUCACCUCACUCAAGGAGUGGUUUGGGGUGAGGGCCCACGCCCGUCCACCUCUGGUUUCAGUACCAGAGUUGGGGGGUGGAGGAGGCAGGGUCUUCUCUCCCCCCUCCCCCUCCCCCUCCUGGCCCCCUGGAAAGUCCUAAGUUCUGUUCUGGGUUUUGGAUCAAUACUACGGGUUUUGGAUGCCCUAAGAAUCUGUUUUUACCUUGUGCCUAAUAAAUAAUGAUUUUAAUUUC